UGCUGUGAAGUCAUAUAACUGUAUAACUAAUGCUAAAUUAUAAUGACUUUUUUUGUAUAAGUCGGUGGGUGCUAGCAACCAAAAUUCUUCAAAAUAUGUUCUUUUGUGUUCAACAGAAGAAAGAAAAUCAUAAAGGUUUAAAAUUACACAAGAAGAGUAAAUGAUGAGGUAAUUGUGCAUUUCGGGUGAACUGUCCCUUUAACACACGAUCAAUAGAGGCCAAUUGCAAGUAUAUCAGUAGUCCUCAACAAAAUAGUUGCCACCGCGUUUCCUCAUGUUUCGGUGAGUUAAUGUUGUGGGUACGCCAAAAUCAAUUUAAUAAUAAUAAUAAAAACAUGCUAUAUUCGACACAGGCGUGGCUUCUGACGUCACGCCCUUUUUACCCGGGAAAUCAUUUCUGGCGCAAAACCCGUGAACAGGACCACACGAGGAGUGCAUUUAUCAGGAUAGAGCGUCAAGAGAGAGAGGUAAGUUUACUAGCUUGUUUUGUAAACUCAUAUUUGUCAAUUUGUGAAACGCAGACCAAUUAAACCAAUUAUAGACAGCUAACAUUACAGAUGAGCCAAUUACUGUCGUUGCUUGCCAAUGGUCGUUAGGCCUGGCACGACAACAAUUUUUUUGAUUGAUGAUAUAUUGUUCCCGAAAUAAUUGCGUUAAACAAUAUUAUCGUCAUUUGAACACAAUGCCCCAAAAUACAAGUAUAUUAAAAAAAUAUAAACUGGAGAAACUGCCCAGGCCCUGCUUUCGCCUCGGAGAAGGAUAAGAACACCACGAUCUGCACCACGUAAUCAUGUAAAUUAUUGAAGUGAUGAUGUACAUGUAUUGUUCGAUAAGUCAAUAUAUAUUGAGAAUUCCGAAGUACUUGUUGUACAUUGUACAAAGUAAAUUUGUAAAAAUGGAUCUGGGAAAUGGAAAGUGCAUAUUUCAUUUCAAGUUUUAACUUUAACUUGCAGUCUUUCAUCUACUUUUUAUUUUUUUUGCUUUUUUAUUUUUGAUAAAUACAUGUUUUUUGUGUAACUAGUAAGCAUGGUCUAAGUUGGUAGUAUGUUUUAAGCUGAUUGGACACAGUAAAUGUGUAGUGUCAUACAAUCAAGAUUUAAGUAAUAUUCACUGAGCUUUUGAUUAUUUGCUUUUUAACUCUACUUUUCAGAAUGUAAAUACAUAACUGGAUGCAAUGUCUAAACGGAAGAGAAUUAGUCCUGUGGAGGAUGCCACUACACACAUUCUGUCUGGCAAAGACAAGCCAUGCUUUGAGGAGAGAUUCAUUAACUCUCAUAAAGGUAGAGGUGUGUUUGCUAGCAUGUCCAUUGACAAAGGAUGCUUCAUUCUUGAAUACCGUGGAAAGUUAAUUUCCCAAGAGGAGAGCCAAAUAAGACAGAAUAAAUACAGUGAAACAGAAAAUACCUUCUUAUUUGACUUUGAUUGGGACGGAAAACAAUGGUGCAUUGAUGCCUCAAAAGAAGAUGGUUCACUUGGGAGAUUAGUGAAUGACGAUUACAAGUCUCCUAACUGUAAAAUUAAAAAAAUAGGUGUUGGAGGCAAACCACAUCUGUGUUUGUUUUCAAUUAAGGACAUAGCUUCUGGUGAAGAAAUAACAUACAACUAUGGAGAUUCAAAAUGGCCAUGGCGUACUCUGAUCAACCGAGCAGACUCUUGCAGUGAUGAGAACACGCCAUCAGAAGAGGCCGCAUGCUUUCCUACCAAAAUCAACAAGAAGUCAACUGAACAGAUCAACCGAGCAGACUCUUGCAGUGAUGAGAACACGCCAUCAGAAGAGGCCGCAUGCUGUCCUACCAAAAUCAACAAGAAGUCAACUGAACAGAUCAACCGAGCAGACUCUUGCAGUGAUGAGAACACGCCAUCAGAAGAGGCCGCAUGCUUUCCUACCAAAAUCAACAAGAAGUCAACUGAACAGAUCAACCGAGCAGACUCUUGCAGUGAUGAGAACACGCCAUCAGAAGAGGCCGCAUGCUUUCCUACCAAAAUCAACAAGAAGUCAACUGAACAGCUACACAGGUUUGCUGCCCGGAUAAACCGACUGAGAGAACAUCAUAACAGACAUGCUGAACGCUUUGAAAAGCUGUCUGAAGCACUUGUAAUUGAAGGACGGGUGCCUGAUAGCUCAGCGAAUGAUGAAUCUGAGAUAUCUUGUGAGGAAUCCUGUUCUGACUACAGUGACAAGGAUUAUGUCCCUGAUUCAGACAGUAGCUCAUCAGACAGCAGUUGUAGAAGUGAAGAGCUUUAUAACUUGCAUGCUAAGCCACUGAAGGGAGGUGUUGUGGGGUUUCAGAGUACAACAGACAGGAGUGCAACAGACAGGAGUGCAGCAGACAGGAGUGCAAGCGCAUUAAAUAACCGCUCCACAUCUGUGACCCCGAUGCCUACUGACCUGCAAAUAAACAGAUACAAGAAGAAACAAUAUUGUGUUUAUUGUCAGAAGCCAUUCUCUAAAAUCGCACGACACUUGGAGUUUGUUCAUCACAAUGAACUGGAGGUAGCUAAGGCAUUCAGCUUUGACAAAAAGUCAAAGGAAAGAAGAGCGAGAUUACACCUUUUGAAAAGCAGAGGGAAUUUUGCCCAUAAUGCUGCAGUUUCAAAAGCUGGAAUUGGGGAAAUGGUUGCUUGCCGGCGGCCCCAAAGAAGAAAAAUCUACCUCUGA